CCCGCUCCCGCCCCUGGUUUUGCCUUGCCUAGCCUUCGUCCGUCUACUACUUGUAUGGAUGCAAAUACCAAUCUCCACCUGCACUCUCCCGACUCAGGAUUUAUACCCACCCCCGUCGGUCGAUCCCCUCCCUCCCUCCCGCCGCCGCCGCCGCCGCCCGUAGCCAAGACCAAGAUCCCGUCUCGCCCGGCGUCGCACCUGACCUAACCCUGAGCCCUGUGAUAUGCCGGUUCAGGUCGGAGGCAGCAAGGUGGCGGACCCGAGGCCGGCCAGGGUGGUGGACCUAUCGCCCGUAGGCGACAGGUCCCGCGCCUCCUCCAAGAAGAACCGCCGCCGCCACAAGAAGGCCGACGCCGCCUCUUCCAUCUCGCCCAUGCAGAGGCUCUUCGACACCAGCAGGGAGGUCUUCGCCAACUCCUACCCGGGCUUCGUCCCGCCGCCGGACGCCGUCGCCCGCCUCUCGGGCCUCCUCAAUGAGCUGAAGCCUCGUGACGUCAGGGUUGCCCCAAGCAUGUCCGUCUUCAAGCAUGCCGAUCCUACAAGCCCCCCUCCAGUUACCUAUUUGCACUUCUACGGUUCCUCCGAGUUUUCGUUUGGUAUCUUCUGUUUACCGAAAUCGGCAAUUAUUCCCCUCCACAACCAUCCUGGGAUGACAGUGUUUAGCAAGAUACUGUUUGGUUCCAUGCACCUCAAGUCCUAUGAUUGGGCUAAAAGUCUGCCGGCGGGUAGCAACGAUAAUGCACUUGAGAACUCUGAUGGAGCAGGAGCUCGUCUGGCCAAGGUGAACACAGAUGCCGUUUUUGACGCUUCAUCUGAGACCGUAGUUCUGUACCCUGAAAAUGGAGGGAACUUGCACUGCUUUACGGCGCUGACCCCUUGUGCCGUGCUGGAUGUGAUGGGCCCUCCCUACAACCGUGCUCAAGGAAGGGAUUGCGCGUAUUACAGCGAAUCGCCCUACUCGUGUGCUGGAGAUGCACAAUAUUCUUGGCUCAAAGAGGUUCACAGCACAUUUGAGAUGGAAGGCAUAAAGAUGGAGCCCAACUUCAUCGUCUAAUAAUUAAGCAGGCAUGGCAUGGCAUGUCAUCGUAAUGCUGCUAGUUUCAUGUAGAUAAUCUCUAGCUGCGGGGGUGUAGUACAACUGGAAGACGGCCAGAUGCUCUUUUGACAUUCGUUUGCCUUAAUUUCAUAUGCCUCCCUUUAUGUAUGUUAACAAUUCGAAUCUUGGGUCAUGGUCACUUUUUUUCUGUUUUCCCUGUAGACAGCAGGUGCUACUUUUUGAAGUGAUCAUGGACCAAAUUCUGUGGGUCGUUUGGUUGGUUUUUGUUGAGCAGCAGAACAGUCUUCAACUUUCUGCCUGCCAUCGUGUUUC